GCCCCUCCACUUUCCUCCCUCCUUCCUUAAAUUCUCCUCACUCCCACCCCCUCCCCUCUCCAGAACCGACCUACGCCGCCACUGCCCUUCCCGCCGACGGACCUCUCCUCCCUCCUUCCUUCUUUCCGUCCAAUGAGAGAAGAAGGAAGCAGAGGAUCUUCAAGUAGCGGAAGCGAUGGAAAGCCCGGACUUCUCGCCGCCGCACCCCGACUCCUCUCGGCCGUCCCUCGGCUUCCCCCUCGGCACCGCCCUUCUCCUCAUCGUCAUCUUCACCUUGAGCGGAAUCUUCUCCUGCUGUUACCACUGGGAUAAGUUCCGAUCCCUCCGCCGGUCCUUUUCCGACGACGUCGAUCCCGAACUUGCCGCUCCCGACGAAUCCCCAACCUCCAAAUCUAACCCCACUUACCUGAAGGUGAAGCAAAACCAAAGCCAAACGCUGCCAGUGUUAAUGCCGGGAGACGAGAUCCCGAAGUUCGUAGCAUUGCCGUGUCCGUGUAAGCCGCCGCGGGCGGAGAAGGUGGUGCUGCAGGUGCAGAAGCCGCCUAAACCGCCGCGAUUCCCCGUACCUUUGUACUAGCUAGCAAUUUGACCCAUUUCAAUCUGUUCAUUUUUUCUCUUUUUAUUUUUUGGGCUUAUAAUUUGAUGUACAUAUUAUGUCAAUAUAAUUUAAAUUUCUAUCUUUAA